AUGUUGAAAAGUACAUUACCGAAAGAUAAACCAGGCAAAAUGAGAAUAAGGGCAUUCCCUAUGACGAUGGAUGAGAAGUAUGUGGAAAGUAUAUGGACUUUAUUGAAGAAUGCAAUUCAAGAAAUUCAGAAAAAAAAUAAUUCAGGACUUUCCUUUGAGGAGCUCUACCGCAAUGCAUAUACUAUGGUUCUUCAUAAGCAUGGAGAAAGGCUCUAUACAGGCUUAAAAGAAGUUGUAACUCACCAUCUUGAAACUAAGGUACGUGAAGAUGUGCUUCAUUCUCUUCAUAAUGGAUUUUUGCAAACUUUAAACUAUGCUUGGACUGACCAUCAAACUAGUAUGGUUAUGAUCCGCGAUAUUUUAAUGUACAUGGAUAGGGUAUAUGUACAGCAAAAUGAUGUGGACAAUGUAUACAAUCUGGGACUUAUAAUUUUUCGAGAUCAGGUUGUUCGAUAUGGCUGCAUUCGUGACCAUUUGCGACAAACUCUCCUAGAAUUAGUUGCUAGGGAACGUCGUGGCGAGGUUGUCGAUAGGCUGGCAAUCCGCAAUGCUUGUCAAAUGCUAAUGGUGUUGGGUAUAAACUCUCGCGCCGUCUAUGAAGAAGACUUUGAGAAGCCCUUUUUGCAUCAGUCUGCUGAGUUUUAUAGAAUGGAAUCUCAAAAGUUCUUGGCGGAGAACAGCGCCGCAGUGUACAUAGCUCGUGUCGAAGCACGUAUUGGCGAGGAGGCGGAGCGUGCGCGUCACUACCUCGACGAGACCACGGAGCCCCGAGUGAUCGCCGUGCUCGAGCACGAACUGAUUGAGCGCCAUAUGAAGACCAUUGUUGAGAUGGAGAACUCGGGCGUGGUGCACAUGCUGAUGCACACGCGCACCGCGGAGCUGGCGUGCGUGUACAAGUUGCUCUCGCGGGUGCCGGAGGGGCUGCGCACGGUGGCCGACGCGGUGUCGGCGCACCUGCGCGAGCAGGGCCGCGCCCUCGUCACCGACACGCACCACAACACCAACGCCAUCGCGUUCGUGCAGAAUCUCCUGGAUCUGAAGGACAGAUUUGACCACUUCCUCCACAACUCAUUCAACAAUGAUAAGAUAUUUAAGCACAUGAUUGCCGCUGAUUUUGAAUAUUUCCUCAAUUUAAAUAACAAAUCUCCGGAAUUCCUCUCCCUGUUCAUUGACGGAAAAUUGAAAAAGGGCGAGAAAGGAAUGAGUGAACAAGAAAUUGAAGCAGUCCUUGACAAAACAAUGGUACUAUUCCGCUUUCUCCAAGAAAAGGAUGUUUUUGAACGCUACUAUAAGCAGCAUCUCGCGAAACGUUUAUUGCUUAACAAAUCUGUCUCAGAUGAUAGCGAGAAAAAUAUGAUCUCCAAACUGAAGACUGAAUGUGGUUGUCAAUUUACAUCAAAGCUGGAAGGAAUGUUUAAGGACAUGACUGUCUCCAAUACUAUUAUGGAAGAAUUCAAGGAACAUGUGCUUUCUGCAGGGACAAACCUGCAUGGUGUAGACCUUUCGGUUCGCGUUCUGACUACUGGCUUUUGGCCGACCCAGAGCGCCACACCCAAAUGCAAUAUACCAACAGCUCCGAGAAACGCCUUCGAUGUGUUUAGAAGCUUCUACCUGGCGAAGCACUCGGGGCGGCAGCUGUCGCUGCAGCCGCAGCUGGGCAGCGCGGACCUGCACGCCACGUUCCGCGCGCUGGCGGGCGGCGGCGGGGGCGCGGGGGGAGGGUCGCCGCCGCGCUCGCCGCCCCCCGCCCCGCCGCCCGCCGCGCCCCGCAAGCACAUCAUACAGGUGUCCACCUUCCAGAUGUGCGUGCUGCUGCUCUUCAACAAACGCGAGCGGCUCACAUACGAGGAAAUACUCAACGAGACUGACAUUCCCGAAAAAGACCUCGUGCGCGCCUUGCAGUCCUUAGCGAUGGGGAAACCAACACAGCGAGUGCUCAUAAAACACCCCAAAACUAAGGAGAUAGAGCCUUCUCAUCAGUUUUACGUUAAUGACGCCUUCACAUCUAAGUUACAUAGAGUUAAGAUCCAGACGGUGGCGGCGAAGGGCGAGUCGGAGCCGGAGCGGCGCGAGACCCGCAACAAGGUGGACGAGGACCGCAAGCACGAGAUCGAGGCGGCGAUCGUGCGCAUCAUGAAGGCGAGGAAGCGGAUGCCGCACACGCUGCUGGUGGCCGAGGUGACGGAGCAGCUGCGCUCGCGCUUCCUGCCCUCGCCGGUGGUGAUCAAGAAGCGCAUCGAGGGCCUCAUCGAGCGCGAGUACUUGGCGCGCACCCCCGACGACCGCAAGGUCUACACCUACGUGGCG